ACAGUAUGGAUGCAGUUUCGGUGUUACAAAAAGAGUUUUUCAAAGUGGAAUCAAAACACAAAGAACUACAGGAAGGACUCUCCAAUAUGGACGAUCUCAUUGCUGCCAUUGAAAAUAAUCAGGACCUGGACAGUAAUUGGUAUCUGAACCAAGUUAAGACAGAACUGACUAAUAUCUCCGUAUCACACAAAGACUGGCACGGUUCCAUCAGUAGAUUUGGGAAAGUUAUUGAUAAACAACUCACUGAGAAUGUAUCUUUCUUCACCAACAGAGACCUAAUAACAGGUAGAAACUCACAUCUUCUCCAUCAACUCAUUUGUGAACAUUUCUUGAGACAGGGUAAUCUGGAUCUAGUAGAGAAGUUUAUCACAGAGAGUGGUCACCAGUUAGAGGAGUGCAGAAAGCGCCCUUUUGUAGAUCUCAACCAAAUAGUGGGGUGUCUGAAGAGAAGAGAUCUGGAACCAGCUCUACGGUGGUGCGAGAAUAACAGACCUGCUCUUAAGAAGAGAGGUAGUUCCCUCGAGUUCAUGUUGCACAGACUAAACUUCAUAACACUUAUAAAAGAAAGGAAUACUGCUGCAGCUCUUACAUACGCUCAGAUAUUAGGCCAGUUUGUGGAUACACACAAGAAACAACUACAGAGACUUAUGGGUUCCUUACUGUACAUUUCCACUGGCAUUGAGAACUCAACCUACAACGAUUUGAUGGAUCCUCAACACUGGGUAGAUAUCUGUGAGAUGUUCACUAAAGAGGCGUGCUCUCUAAUGGGUCUAUCUAAAGAGUCACCUCUCUCAAUCACAGUUGAUGCUGGGUGUAAAGCUUUACCUGCACUCAACUCCAUCAGACAGGUAAUGGAAGCAAAACAGUUGUGGGGAUUGAAAGAUGAACUGCCGUGUGAAGUAGAUCUAGGACCUUCCUGUCAGUUCCACUCUUUAUUCGCAUGUCCCAUACUCAGAGCUCAGUGCACGAAAUCAAACCCUCCAAUGAGGUUGGAAUGCGGUCACGUGAUCUCAAACGACGCUUUAAAGAGACUUGCUAUAUCAAACAAAGUAAAGUGCCCUUAUUGUCCCCAAGAAACGAGUCCGAGUGAGGCUAAACAGAUUUAUUUCUGAGUAUUUUCUGUUAAAGUUGUAAAAUAUUGAGAUAACAUAUUUUGGGCGUAAGUCACCUGGACUUUUCUAAACCUUGUUCGUGCUUUUUGAAGACCUUUGAAUCCAACAGGAUAGGUUGCUUUGAGGAAAACUGAAAACUGUGUAUAAAUAUUAAAUGCAUAAAAAUAUCGGGGCUUUGCUUAUUAAAUAGUGCUUACUUUUAUUAGUUUAAAAAGUAUCCAUCAAAAUGAUCGCUGGGGCGAUUUUUGAAUGUUGAUAGACUGACAUUGUAAAAUUUAUUGAUGCAGUUUGUAAUUGUUUCAAAAUAUAACAGUUUGUAAUUCAGCUUUCCAAUUAAACUGGUAUUCACACGAACGUCGAACGGGAGAACUAUUCGAAAAAUAUAUAAUAUAUUACUGAAGACUCUAAUGUACUGUGCCGGUACCUGAUAAUAUACUGCUUUUUGUAAACCGCGAGGAC